GGGAAGCCUAUAAAGGGGGUGACCCAGCCAUCAAAAAUCACCAGUACUUAUUCAGCUACAGGUUUAUCUGCAGACAUCGGAGCCAUCUGUUCCUGCACAGCACAGUGAAACCAUAACGAGACAAACUGAGUGGGAAAGACAGACAGACAAAGGCAGUGAGAGCUAUGCUUCAUAAUGGUGCUGGGACAAGUGGAGGACAAGACAGCGGCAGUAGUACAAAGGACCAGAAGCAACUUCAUCAGCUGGUAGAAGAGCCUUCUGAGUUUUCCAGAUCACAGAUAAAGUACACAGGAGGCAAUCCAUCUUCAAGAGCCACUCAGUGCAUCAUUUCAAAGGGCACCAGUGAAAAAAAUAACAAGCAAAAUCAGCAGUCCAUCCCGCAGAGACCAUCAGUUCUCCGAAAGGGCAACCAGACUCUACCACAUGCCUUGUCCACUCCAGCUGGUGUAGGUGACUGUUCAACUGUACUCGUAUUUAAGGAAGAAAUGGACAAUAAUUUGCCAGUCAUCUUGCCAUCUUAUGGCACAGACUAUCCCACUAGAGUCAAUGCUUCUGGACCAAGUCCUGCUCAGAGCACAACAGAGAACCAUACAGAUCCUCCACAGAUCUCUGAGCACCUUUUAUUUUACAAAGGUGUGUGUACCUGGCCAGGCUGCAAGGAAACAUUCAAGGAAUAUAACCACUUCCUGAAACAUCUCUAUUCGGAGCAUGGCCCUGGAGACAAAACUAUUGAACAGUGGAGAAUGCAGAAAAAUAUGGUCGAACGCAUGGAGAGUCAGUUAGUUGCGGAGCGGCAGAGGUUACAUUCCAUGUACCUGCAUCUGUUUGAUGCUAACCCAAGACCGAAGCAGUCCAAUACUCCUUCAGGAAGCCUGCAGUCAUGUCAGAGUUUGAGCAUUUUACAUGCACAAAACACAACUUCAUCUGACAUGCUACCUCCAGGAUACUGGCAGAUCCCAACAACCCCAUUCAUACCUGGAAUUAUCCCUAGUAUUGAGUGCUACAAAUACACGAACAUGAGGCCACCAUUUACUUAUGCCUCCAUGAUAAGAUGGGCGAUUCUUGAAUCUCCUGAAAAACAGCUAACACUGAAUGAAAUCUAUCACUGGUUCACACGCAAGUUCUUCUACUUCCGUCAUAACACAGCCACAUGGAAGAAUGCAGUGCGGCACAAUCUCAGCCUCCAUAAGUGCUUUGUACGUGUUGAUGGAGGGAAAGGCUCCGUUUGGACAGUGGAUGAGGCAGAAUUUCUGAGAAGGAGAGGGCAGAAGUUACACAGGGACCAAGACAUGAGCUGGGUGGCACACUAUUCCAUGUUCUUUUCUUGAAAUUACCUUCUUCAGUGUUAAGUCACAUCUUGAGACAUUCUGUGAAAUGUCACCUAUACCUCAAAGUGUCUCUUUCAGUAGAUCUAUGAGUAAUUUCUAAUUUUCAUUAGUCUUCAUUCUCUUUGACUUGCCAAUAGGGCUAUACUGUCUGUGGGCUUUUAUGGAGUUGGAUUUAUUUCAGUAGAAAUUUGAAUUUAAAUGCAAAAAAAAUAUUAUUAUAAUAAUCUGAAUUACUGGGUUUUGUAUUUACCUGCAAGUUAUUGUGAAUGCGAUUCUAAAAAUGUGAAUAAUUUAUUUUAAAAUUUCAAACGUUCAACUGCACACUCUUAAGCAUGAAAUUCAGUUUUGCAAACCACGAAAUUCAAGUUCAGUUCAAAAUUCAUUUUCAGAUAUAUAAUACAAAUUAAAAUGGAUAACUUUCAUGCGUCAAUGCAUUUUCAAAUGUUUGCAUUUUGUAUGCCAUUUCUUAUGGGAUGAUUUAUAACUCAAUAGCUUUUUUUUAGCUGCAGAAAGAUAUAUGCUCUACAUAGGCAGAUGCCUAAAAUACUAAGGUACACAAAUUAUUGUGAUAUUUCAUUGUAUUUAAAUGGUCUUAACUGUCCUAUGAUACAAAAUAAAAUAUUACUCUGAGAGAAA